UUUCAUUUCUUUUUUCCUCCUCCUCCUCCUCCUCCUCCUCCUCCUCCUCUCCUCAGAGCCUCCACGAGUCUCCCUCAACGUGGAGCCCCUUCUGUCCUUGCAGGAGGGGGACGAGCAGAAGGUCAUUUGUGAGGCAGAGGGCUACUACCCUCUGGAUGUGGAAAUAUCUUGGUAUGAGCAGGACCCUGCAGCGUCGGGUCAGAGGGUUGGAGCUCCUCUGCCCAAAGUGCUGAAGAACAUCCUGAUGUCCAGCCACAAACUCAACAAGGACAACACCUACUCAGUCUCAGCUUUCUUCUACCUCCAGGCUUCACUCAGAGACUCGGGCAAACAGUUUAAAUGCAUUGUCUCUCAUCAGUCUCUGAGAGUGCCUAUCAAAAAGACCUUCAUCCUGCAUGUUAAAGAGGUAAGCAACUGGAUGUUUAACCUCUCUGUUGGCUUCUUGGUGAUCACACUGUUCGUCAUCCUGUGUAUGAUGCUGCGCUACCUGCACUCAGAGAGAAAACGCUCACAGCAGAACAAACCGUACUGAGCAGCAUCGGUGGCCUGAGAAGAACAUCACAAUCACCAGUGAAGGCAGACAAUCUCCAUCACUCCUCUCCCCUCAUUUGUUGCUAUUUCAGAAUGUUGCAGAUGUUUGAUUUAGAUUUUGUUUUGGUGAAUUUGGGUUUCUGUGAAACUGAAUAUCUGUUUGUAUGUUGCACUGAUUUUUAUUUAAUUGUAUGCAUUGUAGUAGCUUGAUAUUGAAGUAAAUGAUUGAGCUCCUUGAAAAAGAGAAACCCAUGCAUUACAGAUCUGGUGGUGAAGCUGCAAUCCCAGUUUAAAGGUACCAUAUGGGGUUUGAACACUAGUAAUGCAAUGAUGCAACCAACAUGUGCACAGGCAACAUGACACAGAUUCCUGAUCUACAGGUGGCCGUACUGCACCGAGAAUCAGAGCAGUGAAAAAGAAAACUGCUGGGUAGCAAACAUAGGUAUAAAAACUGGAGGAAUUAAAAUGGGUUUAAGAAUUGGCUUUUUUUUGUGCUUGUCAACAUAUUCAACAAGUUUGUUAGACGUCAUGGACACACUGAGUGCGUUUAUAUCUGAAUGUGUUAUAAACAUAACAUAGUUUACCUACAAGAAAACUCCACAUGGCACCUUUAAUGACAUAUAACUGCAGCAAAUCUAAAAUGUCACAAAACUUGCUCUCUUAUUGUUGAACUGUAAAAUAAUAAUUUAAAUACUUUGGAAUAAAUACUUAAUAUUGCCGUAGUUGUUCUGAUUUCAGAUGUUAUUUUAAUUUCAGGUGGUUUUUAGACUAUCUUGGCAGAAUUUGAGUGACUAAUAAAAGGGCUAUUUGGAUUUAAAAAUG